UCGCCACCUUCCCCUGCAAACCACCUUCAUUAUUUCGCUUCAACCCAAGCAGCAUCAUCAUCAUCGUCAUCAUCAUUUUCUCUCUUUCUCUCUCUCCCCGUCUCUGACGCUUUCCGCCACCUUCCCCACUUGUCUCAACAAACUCCUUUGAUCCUUGCCUUUUCUUCUUUAUUCCUACUUUCUCUCUCUUCUGCGCCAAGCGUCCGACGCAGAAACUAAGAGAGAGAGAGCGCGCGUGCGUGCGUGUGUCGAAGCAGGGCACCGAUGGCGUCAACCUCCAUAACUUUCUCUCCCUUGCAGCUCCGACCCACGAGGCACGGCCAGGGCCAGGGCCACGGGGCGCCCCAGCGAAGGGCAGCCGCGGUCCGCCUCCCCGCCGCCGCCCGCCUCCGCCGCGUCGCCGCCUCCGUGUCGGAGAGGCCGGCCGUGCCCCCGCCGGUGGUGGCGUCCCCGCCCCCGCCCGGGCCCGACCCCAAGCCCAAGCUCCCGCUCCGGAAGAUCCCCGGCGACUACGGGCUGCCGCUGGUGGGGCCCUUCAAGGACCGGCAGGACUACUUCUACAACCAGGGGCGGGACGAGUUCUUCAAGUCCCGCGUCCAGAAGUACGGGUCCACGGUGUACCGGGCCAACCUCCCGCCGGGGCCGUUCAUCUCCCAGAACCCGCGCGUCGUCGUGCUCCUCGACGGCAAGAGCUUCCCGGUCCUCUUCGACGUCACCAAGGUCGAGAAGCGCGACCUCUUCACCGGCACUUUCAUGCCGUCCACCGAGCUCACCGGCGGCUACCGCGUCCUCUCCUACCUCGACCCCUCCGAGCCUGCCCACGCCAAGCUGAAGAAGCUCAUGUUCUUCCUCCUCAAGUCCCGGCGCGACCACGUCAUCCCGGCGUUCCACGCCAGCUUCACCGAGCUCUUCGAGACCCUCGAGGCCGACCUCGCCGCCAAGGGCAAGGCGGGCUUCGGCGACUCCAACGACCAGGCCGCCUUCAACUUCCUGGCCCGCUCGCUCUACGGGGUCAACCCGGCGGACACCAAGCUCGGGCUCGACGGGCCGAAGCUGGUCGGCAAGUGGGUAGUGUUCCAGAUCGGCCCGAUCCUCGUCCUCGGCCUCCCGAAGCUCGUCGAGGACCUCGUCAUCCACACCUUCCGCCUCCCGGCGUCCCUCGUCAAGGAGGACUACAAGCGGCUCUACGACUUCUUCCACUCCUCCUCCGGCCCCGUCCUCGACGAGGCCGAGCGGAUGGGGAUCUCCCGCGAGGAGGCCUGCCACAACCUCCUCUUCGCCACCUGCUUCAAUUCGUUCGGGGGGAUGAAGAUCUUCUUCCCCAACAUGAUCAAGUGGAUCGGGCGGGCCGGGGGCAAGCUCCACACCGACCUGGCCCGGGAGAUCCGCUCCGCCGUCCGGGACGCGGGCGGGAAGGUCACGAUGGCGGCGAUGGAGCGGAUGCCCCUGAUGAAGUCGGCCGUCUACGAGGCCCUCCGGAUCGACCCACCGGUGCCGCAGCAGUACGGGAAGGCGAAGCGGGACCUGGUCAUCGAGAGCCACGACGCGGCGUACGAGGUCAAGGAAGGGGAGAUGAUAUUCGGGUACCAGCCGUUCGCCACCAAGGACCCGCGGAUAUUCGAGCGAGCCGAGGAGUUCGUGGCGGACCGGUUCGUCGGGGAGGACGGGGAGGCGCUGCUCCGGCACGUCCUGUGGUCGAACGGGCCGGAGACCGAGAGCCCGACCCUGGGGAACAAACAGUGCGCCGGCAAGGACUUCGUCGUCCUGGUCUCGCGCCUGCUCCUGGUGGAGCUCUUCCUCCGGUACGACUCGUUCGAGAUCGAGGUCGGGACGUCGGCGCUGGGGGUGUCAUUGACCCUCACGUCGCUCAAGCGAGCCACCUUCUGACCAACCAUAUCCCAUAUCCAUGCCCAUGGAUAAUAAAAAAAAGAAAAGAAAAAUGAAGGAAGAAUAUAGAAAAGCCACAUAAGAAAAAUCUGAGCACAUAUUUCGGAAACUUCAAGAGCAAUUUGCUCGCGAAAGGCGACUGAAAUUUUUUCUUUCCAAAUUCAAGACUUACCUAACACAUGCUUGAAAAAGCUAGUGGGACUUUGGCUCAAUGGGUCCGAACUUCGGGAUAGUGGAGGAUGACGGGGGACAGGGGCGGUGGAAGAGGACUUGGCAACUUUUCUUUGCAUCACAUGUGUAAAAAUUUGGGUUAGUGCUGUUUGUACGUUCCUUUAUUCCGUAAUUAUUUUAAGCCCUUUUUCUCUCU